ACGAGUUUUUUUGAGGUUAGCUUUCAAUGUAAACAAACUCCAUGCCGUGCCUUGACCUUUUUUCUUGAGUUGAUAUUUUCAAUUCAAAUCCGGAUCUGAAUUCAUCGAUAAGUACACUUUCCAAGUAUGUCAAAGUUAAAAGCAGUCCUCAUUGAUUUAAGUGGUACUCUUCAUGUUGACAAUGAAGCCAUUCCAGGAGCGGUGGAAGCUUUGAAAAAAUUGCGAGGAGCAAAUUUGAGAGUAAAAUUUGUCACCAACACGACCAAAGAGUGUCGGCGGAUUCUUCAUGAACGGCUCACCUCUUUGGGUUUUGAACUUGAUGUGAAUGAAAUUUGGAGUUCAUUAUGGGCUGCAAAUGACUUGGUUACGUCCCAAAACCUACGACCAUUCUUGAUCAUCGACAAAGCGGCAGAAGAAGAUUUCCGGACUCAUCUAAAUGUCACAUCGGACCAUAAUGCUGUUGUUGUUGGACUAGCUCCUGAUCAGUUUCACUACGAAAAUUUGAACAAAGCUUUUAGGCUUUUACUCUCUGGAGCAAAGUUGAUUGCAAUUCACCAAGCACGAUAUUUCAAAAGACCUGAUGGUUUAGCGUUGGGGCCUGGAAUGUUUGUCAAAGGACUAGAGUAUGCUGCAACUUGCAAAGCAGAUACUGUUGGCAAACCAUCCGUUGACUUCUUCAAAGCAGCGCUUGGAGAGAUUGAUCCAGCAGCAGCAGUUAUGAUUGGAGACGAUGUGAUUGAUGACAUCGAAGGAGCCCAAAAACUGGGGAUGAAAGGCAUCCUGGUAAAGACUGGUAAAUAUCGGCCAGGAGAUGAGGAAAAAAUUUCGCCACCAGCUUUUCAAGUCCUCCCAAGCUUUAAGGAAGCAGUAGACUAUAUUUUACAGCAUAUGAAUGUACCAAAUAAGGAAUCUGUAUCUUGAAUGGAGCUCUCUGUGAACCUUCCUUUGCAAUGAAGAAAGAUGGUGGACAAUUCCGCAUAAGACAACUGGCCAUUAAAUCAAAUCACUGUGAUCAAAUCACUGAAAGACUGAAGGAACAGAUCAAAUAGAAAAGAAGACCCAGAUAUCCUGAUAUUUGUUAUCAUAAAAUGCCACUUAGCCUUGCUACAGUUUUCUUCUGUUCUUCAGAAUGUGGCCAGUUAGUUAACUUUUUCAAUAAAGUCAAAAAUUUUGGAAAAUUUACCAUCGGCAAAACCAGUGUGGCCAGAAAAGGAGAAAUUAGAGUAAAAAAUAACACCCAGAUCUCUGAUCGUCUCGACUCUUUGUAGAUUCAAGGCACAGAGUCAAUAAUCAAAGAAGGGGGGAGAGGUGUCUAAUAAAUGGAAUAAUUUUGCAUUCAGCAAAUUCAAAGUUCAAAGUCAAUAGAGCAAAA